CUUCGCCGAAAUUUAGCGCUGCACUCCUGAACAUAGACUUGCAACAGAAAGCUCUUCCACUGGUUCUGGAUCUCCUCAAUGGAAUUUGUAACGACUUCACCAGCAUAUUGCUUCGGGAUAAAAAUACAUCCACCACUUGUAAUCCGAAUCAUACAUCCGAGCAUUCCACACCCGUGCCGACAGUGUCGUCGGUCCUUCACCUAGUGGUUGGACGUCUCAACCUAUUGGUUCUCUUAUCCAAACGUGCCCUACUUACUUUGGAGCCAUACAGCGAUUUGCGGUGUGCCUUCCUCCGUGCAGUGUUUUAUGUGU